AGCGUGUGGGACACGGCGCUCCCUGUUUUCUGGCUCUGCCCCCAGCAUGUCAUCUGCAUGUUGUCAUUCAUGGGUGUAGCCGCAGACCCUCGGUCCUGAAACCUAGCAGGAGAUUCUGUUCACUGUAGGCAGAGGAGAAAAGAGGCCUCUGUAUUUAAUUUUUAAUAUGUCUUUCAUACCAGGGCAGCCUGUCACAGCUGUAGUGCAACGGAUUGAGAUUCUUAAACUACGAGAGGGUGACAAUUUAAUACUGGGUUUUAGCAUUGGAGGAGGCAUUGACCAAGAUCCAGCACAGAAUCCAUUCUCAGAGGACAAAACAGACAAGGGCAUCUAUGUCACAAGGGUGUCGAAAGGAGGACCAGCAGAUGUUGCAGGCCUUAUGAUGGGGGAUAAAAUAAUGCAGGUGAACGGCUGGGAUAUGACCAUGGUAACACAUGACCAAGCACGGAAAAGGCUAACAAAAAAGUCUGAAGAUGUGGUCAGGCUCUUGGUGACCAGAAAAUCCCUGCAGGAUGCGGUUAGACAGUCCAUGAUGCCACGCUAGUGGAAAUCUGAAAAUCCUUUAUUUGAAUGUCGUUCGUUAAUCAUGCUGCCGAAUGUACUUUUCAUAUAUACUGUAAAAUGAAGCCAAAGAACAUCAGCUGUCAUUGCCUUGUAGCAUCUUCAACAUUUCGUUUAAGGUGGUUUUCUAGAUGCAGAUAAAGCCUGGAGACACAUUUUCAACCAAUGAUUUUUUGCAGCUAUUUUUGUUACAGUAUAAUGGUAUCUGUUUUAAGUAUUUGUGCAGUAGGAAAAUGUUCAUAUGUAUUUCAUAGCUUUGAUUUCACAUCACUUCCAAAACGGCUACAGUAAUGAUGAGCUACGUAAUGCGGUAGUGUUGCAAUAUGUGAAAACGUGGAUGUGGUUGAUUAUUGCAUGCAUAUAGGCUUCUCACUGUCUGAUAACACCUUGUAGUUCUUUUAUUGAUUGCAAAGGUUAUACGCAGCCAAACAUAAAAUACUAAAUAAUUAAUUAUUGCCGUCAUAUUUUUCUUUUAGAGUUUUGAGCAAAGCCAAGGAAUUUGUUUCAGCAAUGCUUAAAGACCACUAAUUAUUUCUUUCAUUUCCUAUUUGGUGCCUUUCUUCUUUGUCUGCUUGUUUGUUUUUUUUUUUUAACCUAAUGUUUCAUACUUUAUCUUAUUUUUGUUAUAAAUUAACAAAUAGACUGAAUUAUUCUGUAUUUGAUAGCAGAACAUAAAGGCUUUUUUGGUACCACACAAUAACCACACUACCUUUGUUUAGUUGACUUUUGCAGAUCAUACAACUCCCCAGGAUUUUCUACACUGUCUUGUUCAAAAUCUUCUUGAUAGAUUUUGACAUGUGAUUGUAUAAAAAAAAAUUAUAUAUUUUUUUUCCACUUUAAUAAAUAAAAGAAUCAUUAGCCUAUUGCUUCUUAUUAUAUUGAUUGGCAGCCAUAAGGUAACCAUACCAUAUCAUAGACUCUGUCCUGUAGUAGUAAUUUAGAAUGUGGUGAAAUAUUUCUGUUUAACAUUGUGUUUGUUGUCAUGGAUCCCGGGCUAUGUUGCGUGUCUGGUGUCCCUGACAACAUUUCACACUUUGGCCACUGAAAAUGCUGAGCCUGUGAUGGGAGUGGCCACAUGUUCUGGUGAUUCAUUUAGCUUUUUUAUGUCUUACCAAACCUCCAGAAUACAACCCCAAUUCCAGUGAAGUUGGGACGUGUAAAACAUAAAUAAAAACAGAAUACAGUCAUUUGCAAAUCCUUUUCCACUGCAAAACUUUCUUUUACAAAAAACACCUUGCUGUUUUUGAGUCAUUAUAGGAUGCAUAUAUUUCUGUAAUUCUGGCUCUUAAUUUUGGCUACAAGAUUCUUUGGCUUACUGGCCCAAGUGGCCAGUGCAAUUUUGUAUGCUUGUCUACCACCUACUUGGACCUAAUUUUGGCCUCCACUGUGUUUUUAGCUCUGGCGAGUCUUCAUGUGUGGCUGAAAGUAAUCAGGUGACAUUUCAAAGCGUCAAAUCUAUUGCCUGACCUUUCGCUGUUUGCUCAGUCAUUGCAGUACAGCGAGGUCCUUCACUUUCAUCUCUUAAUGUGGCUACAGGCAUCCUCCUUUUGUCAUAUGCACACAGAAUAAAAUCACAUUGAACAUUA